AAAAAAUCCAAUGUGUUUGGACUUGGCUUUACAAUCGGCGAGAAAAAGGACGCUUGUGUCGAGACCGAGAUAUUUUCUCUCGUUUCGCGUCUCUUAGAGACUCUAAGAGAUUGCAGGCACCAUGUCUAUGUCUGGUGCUGAAUACUUGGCCUCCAUCUAUGGCACAGAGAAGGAUAAGGUCAACUGUUCAUUUUACAUCAAGACUGGAGCUUGUCGUCACAGUGAAAGAUGUUCCAGAAAGCACAACAAACCACAGUACAGCCAAACAGUGGUGAUGCAGAACAUGUACGUGAGCCAGCAGAACUCCGCCAAGUCAGCUGAUGGAUCUCAUUUGGCCAACAUGAGUGACCAUGAGAUCCAGGAACAGUUUGAGUAUUUCUUUGAGGACGUGUUCUUCGAAUGUGAGGACAAGUAUGGAGAGAUUGAGGAGAUGUGCGUGUGCGAUAAUCAGUGUGACCACCUGAGAGGCAAUGUGUACAUCAAGUUCCGGCGGGAGGAAGAUGCGGUGAAGGCAGCAGAGGACCUCAACAACCGCUGGUACAUGUUCCGACCUAUCUAUUGUGACCUGUGUCCUGUGGCUGAUUUCCGUGAGGCCUGCUGCCGCCAGUUUGAAAUGGGCCAGUGUGGUAAGGGUGGAUUCUGCAACUUCUGGCAUGUCAAGCCCAUUUCACACCACCUCAAGAACUUACUGGCGCGUUCCUCCAGGUCCCGUUACAGGUACCGGUCCAGGUCACGCUCCAGGUCUCGCGACAGGCAUGACAAGCACGGCCCUGAGAAACACAGGAGGAGGUCUCGCUCGCGCUCUCGUGACCGUGACCGCCGAGACCGCAGAGGCAGAUACUGAGGGGCCUACACUGAUGUCUUUUAAUAUUCAUGCUGUUGUUUGCCUCUUCAUUUUUUUUCAUUUUUUCUUUUCUUUUCUUCCCCUUUUUCUUUUUCCAAGUACUUUCUAUAGUAUUGGAGUUUAAGGGUAGUUUUUUUAUUAUUAAUAUUUACUGUUUUGAAACUUCUAUUCCUUAGGGGGCAAGAGAAUAAAGUAAACCUUCAGUAAUUUUAAAAUGCCAGUUUCAUUUCAUCGUUGAUUGUGUUAAAAUGGAGAAUGUUACAUAAUCAAGAUAGUAUCAGUCAUCAGACCCGAGGCUACAGUCCCGUCAGUCUGAGACACUUGUUUUAUAAAGAACUUUUUUUCACGUGUAGAACCUAAAAGUAUAAAAUGAAGACUUUUGUAUUAUAAGUUUAGAAGGUAGGAUUGUGUAGAGUAUAAAGUGAUGUUGAACUACAGAACAAUAGUACAAUGGAUCCUGAAUUUCCAGUGUGGAUUUUAUCGUGGCUCUUUUUUAUUAUUGCUAGGCUCAUCUUUUUAAUGUUACCAUCAACAGAUAUAUUUGUAAUAAUGUUAGAAUCAUCAUAAUUUAACUUGAAACAAUGUGAAAAUUAUAUUGCUGACACUGGGAACUUUUGUUUCUAAUGUUUGACUAACAAUUUUUUAACAUGAAUUGAUAUUUUUAUUAUUAUUAUUACUAUUAUUAUUACUAUUAUGAUUAUUAUUGUUAUUAUUAUUAUUAUUAUUAUCAUUAUCAUUAUCAUUAUUACUAUUACUAUUAUUAUCAUUAUUACUAUUACUAUUAUUAUCAUUAUUACUAUUAUUAUUAUUAUUAUUAUGAUGAUAAUUAUGAUUCCUUGUUUUUUUCAAACUUCUGAUUACUACCGCUGCUACUAAUAAAGAGGAUAAACAUAGGAGUCAAAGAUGCCUAGCUGCCCUUAGGGGAUCCUUUCUUCGGUUGGGAAAACACAGAACAAUGGUAUGUUUGGUUACCAUUAAAUUGCCAAUACAUAUUCCUCCAUUCUUAAACCUAGACGUGUGCAAAGGUUACAUUGCACAGAAUAGCCUUAGCAUACAGUGCUUUGUGUGACUGGCUGUCUUAAAGGUGAUAUCUAGAGUCUGCUAGAAUAAUAUGUCAAAAAUUUUAACUUUUUUUUUUUUUUUUUUUUUUUUUUAUGAGGAAAAAGAAGAAAAGGUAAAUACAAAGUUCAGCCAAUGCAAGAAAUCUUUACAUGUUUAUAUCCUCCAACCAUGAAGAGAAUACAUAAUGAAAACCAUAAUUCUAAUUUUUGUACACAGUGUAAGUUAAUGCCAAGUCUUGGAAUUGUUCGAAUUGUUCACAUGGAUCAUGUGCUCUUUACUGGGACAAUCUGCAAGCCGCUAAUUGUAAACAAAGUAGAAAAAACUGCUCGGGAAGUGAUUUUGAUAAUUGGGCCAACCCAGGAGGAUGGCUGUGUGUAUUUAGCAAGGUGUGCUUUCCUUUGCUGAUAAGGAAAAGAUUCAGAUUAUCAAUAUUUUUUAGUUGAUUACUUCUUUUUUUGUAUACAAGUCUGUUUAUUGAAUGUGUGACAAAGGGCUGUAGAAUGUGUUUUUGUGAGUUUUUUUUUUUUUUUCUUUUUGUCUGAAGUUUUCCAAAUAAAAUAUUUUAAAUCUUGAAAUACAGCUGCCACGAAUC